GGCGCCUCGCUGACUCCCCGGGGGCAGCUCUUCAACGGUUCCCGCAGUCAGAGCACCACCCCGCGGUGGGGUACCUCCAGCCCGUCCGCAGCUCUCGGUCCCCGCCGCGCCGCCACUCUCGCGAGAAGCCAGGAAGUCCGCGAAGUGGGGGGAGGAGUAGCAGGGAGGGGCACUUAACGGUGGUGGCUGGUUCUGCGCCGGAUCCGGGAGAGGGGCGGGCGCCAUUGUGCUUCGCUGCCGACUGCAUUUCCUCAGUCACGGGCCUAGAACUCCAAGGAGAAAGGCGGCGGAAUUCAUGAUUUGUUCCUGUAGCUGAAACAUACAUUGAAUGCUUUCUGCCCUGGCAUGAACUUACAUGGUCAGAGCUGGUUUUUCCUGCCCUCAAAUAUAUUUCUUUGACUCUACCGGUUAGACUAGAAAAAUCUUUAAGAAUGGAGUCUAAACCUUCAAGGAUUCCAAGAAGAAUUUCUGUUCAACCUUCCAGCUCCUUAAGUGCUAGGAUGAUGUCUGGAAGCAGAGGAAGUAGUUUAAAUGAUACCUAUCACUCAAGAGACUCUUCAUUUAGAUUGGAUUCUGAAUAUCAGUCUACGUCAGCAUCAGCAUCUGCGUCACCAUUUCAAUCUGCAUGGUAUAGUGAAUCUGAGAUAACUCAGGGAGCACGCUCCAGAUCGCAGAACCAGCAACGGGAUCAUGAUUCAAAAAGACCUAAACUUUCCUGUACAAACUGUACUACCUCAGCUGGGAGAAAUGUUGGAAAUGGUUUAAACACAUUAUCAGAUUCAUCUUGGAGGCAUAGUCAAGUUCCUAGAUCUUCAUCAAUGGUACUUGGAUCAUUUGGAACAGACUUAAUGAGAGAGAGGAGAGAUUUGGAGAGAAGAACAGAUUCCUCUAUUAGUAAUCUUAUGGAUUAUAGUCACCGAAGUGGUGAUUUCACAACUUCAUCAUAUGUUCAAGACAGAGUUCCUUCAUAUUCACAAGGAGCAAGACCAAAAGAAAACUCAAUGAGCACUUUACAGUUGAAUACAUCAUCCACAAACCACCAAUUGCCUUCUGAACAUCAGACCAUACUAAGUUCUAGGGACUCCAGAAAUUCUUUAAGAUCAAAUUUUUCUUCAAGAGAAUCAGAAUCUUCCCGAAGCAAUACGCAGCCUGGAUUUUCUUACAGUUCAAGUAGAGAUGAAGCCCCAAUCAUAAGCAAUUCAGAAAGGGUUGUUUCAUCUCAAAGACCAUUUCAAGAAUCUUCUGACAAUGAAGGUAGGCGGACAACGAGGAGAUUGCUGUCACGCAUAGCUUCUAGCAUGUCAUCUACUUUUUUUUCACGAAGAUCUAGUCAGGAUUCCUUGAAUACAAGAUCAUUGAAUUCUGAAAAUUCUUACGUUUCUCCAAGAAUCUUGACAGCUUCACAGUCCCGUAGUAAUGUACCAUCAGCUUCUGAAGUUCCCGAUAAUAGGGCAUCUGAAGCUUCUCAGGGAUUUCGAUUUCUUAGGCGAAGAUGGGGUUUGUCAUCUCUUAGCCACAAUCAUAGCUCUGAGUCAGAUUCAGAAAAUUUUAACCAAGAAUCUGAAGGUAGAAAUACAGGACCAUGGUUAUCUUCCUCACUUAGAAAUAGAUGCACACCUUUGUUCUCUAGAAGGAGGCGUGAGGGAAGAGAUGAAUCUUCAAGGAUACCUACCUCUGAUACAUCAUCUAGAUCUCAUAUUUUUAGAAGAGAAUCAAAUGAAGUGGUUCACCUUGAAGCACAGAAUGAUCCUCUUGGAGCUGCUGCCAACAGACCACAAGCAUCUGCAGCAUCAAGCAGUGCCACAACAGGUGGCUCUACAUCAGAUUCGGCUCAAGGUGGAAGAAAUACAGGAAUAGCAGGGAUUCUUCCUGGUUCCUUAUUCCGGUUUGCAGUCCCCCCAGCACUUGGGAGUAAUUUGACCGACAAUGUCAUGAUCACAGUAGAUAUUAUUCCUUCAGGUUGGAAUUCAGCUGAUGGUAAAAGUGAUAAAACUAAAAGUGCGCCUUCAAGAGAUCCAGAAAGAUUGCAGAAAAUAAAAGAGAGCCUCCUUUUAGAGGACUCAGAAGAAGAAGAAGGUGACUUAUGUAGAAUUUGUCAAAUGGCAGCUGCAUCAUCAUCUAAUUUGCUGAUAGAGCCAUGCAAGUGCACAGGAAGUUUGCAGUAUGUCCACCAAGACUGUAUGAAAAAGUGGUUACAGGCCAAAAUUAACUCUGGUUCUUCAUUAGAAGCUGUAACCACCUGUGAACUAUGUAAAGAGAAGUUGGAGCUUAACCUGGAGGAUUUUGAUAUUCAUGAACUACAUAGAGCUCAUGCAAAUGAACAAGCUGAGUAUGAGUUUAUCAGCUCUGGUCUCUACCUAGUGGUGUUAUUGCACUUGUGCGAACAAAGCUUUUCUGAUAUGAUGGGAAAUACAAAUGAACCAAGCACACGUGUCCGAUUUAUUAACCUUGCAAGAACUCUUCAGGCACAUAUGGAAGAUCUCGAAACUUCAGAGGAUGAUUCCGAAGAAGACGGAGACCAUAACAGGACAUUUGAUAUUGCCUAACUUCAUAUAAGACAGAUGGAUGAUCUGUGAACACAAGUGUUUAUUAAAAAUGGCCAUUAAAUAUAAAUUACUUUUGUGGGGGAAUGCCUAAUAAAUACAUUGACUAUAUAUAAAAUGAAUAUAUACAUACACAUGUAUGCCUGUAUAUAUAUAUUCAUUCUCAAGUGUUGCUGAAUUAAAAUUCUGCUGGACUUUUUAACAUAGCAAAUCCGAUGUUUAUAAACUGGUAAUCAAAAAGGUUUUUUCUUUUAGGUGAGUGGGAAAGUAUUACCCUUGUUUUAAAUAUCUAAGCAAUGCCUAUCAACCCUUUUUUGUGUUAUGAUUACUGUAGUCAUAUUUAUGAAAAAAGGUUUGUGUUUUACUCUUGCUAGUGAGAAAAGUGGGACAAAAUAUACUUUUGAAAUAAAAUGCUAUAUGGCACCUAAUUAUUUUUUCUUUUAAAAUGCCUUAAGUUGCAGUCUCAUUUUGAUAAUCAUUUGCUUCCAGUGUUUAAAAAUUAAAAAAAGAAUGGGGAGAAGGUUAUGAGAAGAGCAUUAUUAAGUUUCCAAAUUUAAUUUGAAUUCCAAAUUCACCUAGCAAUAAAAUCUAAUUUUUAAAAAGUAUAUAAAUAUAAAAUGUAUAAAUGAUGGAUAGAUUUUUGUAUUGAUUUGCAAAAUGCAGAUUAUAUUUGAUAGGCUAUAGUAUGUAGAUAUUCCUUUUAGGAAUAUUACAGCUGUAAAUUAUAUGAGACUUGCCAGUCAAAUGCUAUUUGGUUUAAAAAAAUUAUUGCAAUCUCAAGUUAAUGGAAUAUUUUUAAAUCCCACAUUCAGAGUUUAAAACACUGGUUUUCAAUGUGUUUUUUAGUGUUGUCACUUCUUUAUAGAUAAAUAUAUAAAUAACCUGUUUGGAUCCUGGUCCUUUUUAACUGUUCCUUGGUAAUUCUGAGCAUUUAUUUGAUGACUUAAUAUCUACCUUUGGAGAACAGAUGAACAUUAUUCACCACGAAUGGAUCUAUACUGUGUGGUCAUGAGUUGUGUAUACUUCCAUAACACUGUAUUUUUCUUCUGUCAGUACCCUUAGGAUACACUUUAAAACACCUUAAGGUCUGAUGUUAUGGCAACAAACUACUUUUUCAAACCUAAAUAGGAACCAUGUAAUUUCUCAAAAGUGAUUGAACAGUUUGCCCACACUUAGUUUGUUGGUCUUAUGUAAAACAUUGGCUCAAAAUAAAGUACACACUGAUUUA